CUCCAUACAAACGACGAACUACUCGACUCCUGGUUCGACCACAGUCUCGUCCAUCGCAAUCGCGGUCAGCGUCUGAACCUGGCACUUCUCGAUAUCCGAAUUCGGAUGAAGACCAGGAGCCAGUGUCCCGGAAAAUGGCCGACCUAUCUCCCGGCCAAGUGGUCACCCUGACCGAUGGUCGUCAGGCAACCGUUCGUUUCAUCGGGUCGACCCAUUUUGCGCCUGGUGACUGGAUUGGAAUUGAGUUGGACGAACCAACUGGAAAGAAUGAUGGAGCGGUUCAGGGCGAGAGGUACUUUGAAUGUGAACAUGGGUUUGGGAUGUUCAUCAGACCGUCCGCCGUUCUCGCGGUGGUCGAACAGCCCAAGCGCGAGAGCAAGCCUCCGCCGAAGGCUGCUGCCCCUGCUACUCGUAGACCUCAGAGUACGAUAGUUGCGGGCACUGCAGGUGCUAGAAGGCCCAGCGUCUUGGGCCCAACAGCGAAGAGACAGAGCGUGAGCGGGGCCAGUCCCUCUCCGGCUUCAAGGGUCACUCCAGGACAGCGAACAUUGAGAUCUCCUACAAAGUCUCCAACAAAGCAGCUCGGUAUCACCCCUGCAUCGCGAGCAUCAUCAACCGCGCGCACCUCCAUUGCGGCGACCAAAUCUCGACCGAGCGUCGGUGCCAAAACCACCAUGGGCCCUCCUCAAACACCCUCAGCAGCUGCGAGGGCUACGCGCCAGCAAUUGACCGGGCCAGCUAGCAAGGUGAACAGACCAAGCCGACCAUCCAUCCGUACCAAUAGCGGAGGAAGUGCAACGCCAGACGAUGUGCCGGAAGAAAAGUCACCCGAAGAAUCCCCUCGUGGCGGUCAUCAGGAUGAGGUAGGAGCGGCGGAGGCAAGUAAUAGGUCUCCAGCAGCGAGUCGAACAGCAAAUCUUCGAGCCAGUCUUUCGCCCGGUUCCCAACGGACAGGAAGCCAAAAUGCCGCUGUGGCAAGGGAACUUGAGGAUCUCAAAACGAAACUGAAGGUCAUGGAGAAGAAGCGAGCAGAAGACAGAGAGAAAUUGAAGGGUCUGGAGCAACUCCAGUCAGAAAGAGACAAAUUUGAAGCCGUUAUACAAAAGCUGCAGACUAAGUAUCAGCCCCAGCAGCUGGAGAUUGGGGAGCUGCGUAAACAAUUGAAGGAAGCAGAAAGUCGACUUGAGGAGGCCGAGAGGCUGCAAGCAGAACAUGACUCUAUACUGGAGAUGGCAGCCCUUGAUCGAGAGAUGGCAGAGGAGAUGGCGGACGCCUAUAAACACGAACUGGAGGCUUUGAAACUGAGGGUAGAAGAACUUGAGAUGGAAGUGGAAGUCCUGCGCGAGGAGAACGAGGAGCUAGGCCAAGUAAUGAGUCCAGAGGAGAAAUCCAGCCAAGGCUGGCUGCAGAUGGAGCGAACAAAUGAGAGACUCCGCGAGGCACUCAUACGGUUGCGUGAUAUGACGCAGCAACAGGAAAGUGACCUCAAAGACCAAAUCAAAGAGCUCGAAAGUGACUUGGAGGAGUACGCUUCCGUCAAAGCACAAUAUGAAACUACCAAGGAGAAGUUGUUGGUCUCAGAGACCAAUGUGGAGGACCUCAAGCAACAGUUGGAGACGGCACUCGGGGCUGAAGAGAUGAUUGAGGAACUCGCGGAUAAGAAUAUGCGCUACCAGGAGGAGAUCAACGAACUCAAAGCAGCCAUCGAAGACCUGGAGAGCUUAAAAGAGAUUAACGACGAGCUCGAAAUUAAUCACAUCGAGACGGAGAAGCAACUUCAGGAAGAAAUCGACUACAGAGAAAGCAUAUUCAAUGAGCAGUGCCGGAAAGUCGCUCAGCAGGACGAGCUUAUCGAAGAUCUGGAAUACACAUUAUCUCGCUUCAGGGAGCUCGUGUCCAAUCUGCAAAAUGACUUGGAGGACAUGCGAGCUUCCCAACAGCUUACUGAAACGGAAGCCUCCGAGCUCACCGCUUCCGUGGCGAAGGCGCAGACAAAAACGAUCGAUGUGGAGCUUAGCCGCAUGGAAUCCGAGGAGUCGGCUCAACAUCUUGCUAUAGUAAAGCUCUACCUUCCAGAAUACUAUGAAAGCGAGCGGAACUCCAUCCUGGCACUUCUUCGCUUCAAACGGGUUUCCUUCAAAGCUUCGUUGAUGAGCCAGGUGGUUCGGGAGCGUGUCUCUGACCAAUCUGCAAUUGGUACCGAUCAAGAUGAGAUCUUCACCGCAUACGAAGUGCUGGAGAAGCUCCAAUGGAUUUCAUUACUCUGUGAGAGGUUUGUCAACUUCAUUAGCACGUGCUCUGUUGAGGAGUUUAGCACUGUGCCAGGCGCGCUGUAUGAGCUGGAACCAGUGGAGCGAACCUUGAACACCUUCAUGGACGGUUUGAAGAAGAACGAGUUGAACGAAAAGAAGUGUGCUGUCGAACUGCAAAGGUCUAUCGCCCUUUUGUCACACCUGGCAGAGACACUGAUACCACCGAGCCUCGAGACAUUUGCAGACGAGAUCUAUAUGCGAUCGAUGCUGACGCAGUGCUAUUUGGACCAUGCUGGUUCAUCAAUACUACGCAUAAAGUCGGUGCUGCAGGCCAAACUUCCUGAACCUACCGAACAGGACGAAGAGGGCCCUUUCAUCUACAAUAAGCUGGAUAGCCUGGCUACCCAGGCUCGAGGUCUGAAGGUGGUGGUAAGCAAAAUCGCACGGUCUCUGGAAGAACUGAAAUCUCGAUCACUUGCUCUUUCUGGUGAGACAGCGGAGUCCUUUGAGAAGGCAGAGGCUGCUGCCAGGGAGUUGUCCGAGUUGAUCAGACAGCUUGGCGAGAAUGCUGUGCUCCUGGUCAAUGAAGAAGGACGCACUGCGCCAUUCACUUAUUCUGAAAUCAUGAGCAAUAUGUCCCAGACUGCGGCAUCCCUUGUACAGCCCUCUGCUGCUAACAGUGACGGUGACGAUGCCCUCAACCUCCUUGCUGGCAAAAUACGGACUUUGGGAGAGGACUUAGAAGAACUGAGUGGAAUUGCCACUGACCUCUCUCUAACCACGGAGUUCGAGAGGCGCCCUUCUCCCUGGAUCGCUCGUGCACAGGAGCUGAAGUCCAACAAGACGAUCUCUCCUGAUGCUGAUGAAGAGAUCAGGCGACUCAAGAACGAGAUCAACGAAGCAUCGACAGCUUUGGGGGUCAAGGAUAAGACGCUGGAGGAGCAAGCCAUUAAAGUCGAACACUUGGAGUCUAGGAUGCGUGACGCCAGUAAAAAGGCUGCGAUGGUCAAAGAGCUCGAGGCUAAGUUCGAGGAAAUGCAGGCCAGAGAGAUAGAGCUUUCUAGUAUUGUGGAAAACCAGAAGAAAGAGCUAGAGAGUCUGGAGACCGAACGAGAUGAACUGAAGAGUCGUCUCGAGAGGGCUAAGAGGAUGUCUGGAUCUGCCGCCGCUGCUGCUGCUGGAGAAGGAGCCAUUGUCGACAAUGCAGCAUCGUUGGCAGCAAUUCGUGAGAACGAGUCCCUCCGCGCUGAAGUGGAUAGCCUUCAAGCUGCAGUCCGCUUCCUCCGUGAGGAGAACCGUCGUGCCAACCUUCUGGACCCGUAUUCUGUCCAGAGAUCGACGAAUAUGUACUCUUGGCUUGAUGUACCGCUCGCUCAGACCAAACAUAGUCCCGAGCAAGAGAGGAUGCAUAAGAACGCUGCCGAGAGCAGGGACGUCCUUACUCAUCUGCUCAAGUUGACCAAGGAGUCUCGUGUUCCAGACUUGAAGUCUACUCUGCCGGCUGAAGGAUCAAACCGCCUUGCCUGGCGUCCUGCCAAGACUACAUACAGGUACCAAGUCCUCCAACAACGGGAGAACUUCGAGCGCUGGGUUGAAUGGAAGGAUGAUGUCGCGGGUCGCGAAAGAGAGCAAGACCGAAUCGCAGAGGCAAAGAGACAGCGAGCUCUUCGCGAGAAAGCCCAAAAACAGGCUUCAGGUAGAAUGCAUUCUGCGAGUCUUAGCUACGGAAUGAUGGGCCGCGCUUGGGAGAUCCUGGGUAUCAAGGAAGAUCAUCGUAAGGACGCCUCCGGCGAUGCUGCUCCAGGAGAAGUACAGAUCGUUACAGACGCCUAA